AACCCAGCGAGCAGGGUCAGGAAGGAGACUGGAUGCGGGCGGGCGAGCGGGUGGCGCGCGCCCAAGUUCCCCAUUGGCGCGCAAACUUAAGUUACUGCUACGCGGGUAGUGGCGACAGGGCUAGUGUGAGUGUUUGCAGAGGCGUGGCUGGGGUGGCUGACAAAAGUGCCCCGUCUUCAUUCCCCUGUUGGUCUCUAGACUGAAAGCAGCGGAGCGACUACCGGACUCCCACUGGAGCAAGCUGUAACAUGCAUCCACCAGCAAGCCAGUGCGGACGCGCCUUGGCGUUGCUGCUGGCCUGUGGCUUGUUGGGAGUUUGGGGAGAGGAAAGAGGAUUCCCACCUGCCCAAGCCACGCCGUCUCUUCUGGGGAGUAGAGAGGUAAUGACGCCACCCACCAAGACCUCCUGGACCAGAGGUUCCAACUCCAGUCUGACACGUUCCUCAGCACCUGCGGAGGUGACCAAAGGAGGGAGGGGGGCUGGAGUCCCGCCAAGAUCCUUCCCUCCUCCGUGCCAGCGAAAUACUGAGAUCAGCAAGACUUUUAAAUACAUCAACACGAUUGUGUCCUGCCUCGUGUUCGUGCUAGGCAUUAUCGGGAACUCCACGCUGCUGAGGAUCAUUUACAAGAACAAGUGCAUGCGAAAUGGUCCCAAUAUCCUAAUCGCCAGUCUGGCUCUGGGAGACCUACUACACAUCAUCAUCGACAUCCCCAUUAAUGUCUACAAGCUGCUUGCAGAAGACUGGCCAUUUGGAGUUGAGAUGUGUAAGCUGGUGCCCUUCAUACAGAAGGCGUCUGUGGGAAUCACUGUGCUAAGUCUAUGUGCUCUAAGUAUUGACAGAUAUCGAGCUGUUGCUUCUUGGAGUCGAAUUAAAGGAAUUGGGGUUCCAAAAUGGACAGCAGUAGAAAUUGUUUUAAUUUGGGUUGUCUCUGUGGUUCUGGCUGUCCCUGAAGCCGUAGGUUUUGAUAUGAUUACGACAGACUACAAAGGAAAGUCUCUAAGGGUCUGCCUGCUUCAUCCAGUUCAGAAAACAGCCUUCAUGCAGUUCUACAAGACAGCCAAAGACUGGUGGCUGUUCAGUUUCUACUUCUGCUUGCCACUAGCCAUUACUGCAAUCUUCUAUACCUUGAUGACCUGUGAGAUGCUGAGAAAGAAGAGCGGCAUGCAAAUCGCUUUAAAUGAUCACUUAAAGCAGAGACGAGAAGUGGCCAAAACGGUGUUCUGCCUGGUCCUCGUUUUUGCCCUCUGCUGGCUUCCCCUCCACCUCAGCAGGGUCCUGAAGCUCACUCUUUAUGACCAGAGUGACCCUCACAGAUGUGAACUUUUGAGUUUUUUGUUGGUUUUGGACUACAUUGGCAUCAACAUGGCUUCUUUGAAUUCCUGUAUUAAUCCAAUCGCUCUGUAUUUGGUGAGCAAAAGAUUCAAAAACUGCUUUAAGUCCUGCUUGUGUUGCUGGUGCCAAACGUUUGAGGAAAAACAGUCCUUGGAGGAAAAGCAGUCCUGCUUGAAGUUCAAAGCUAAUGAUCACGGAUAUGACAACUUCCGUUCCAGCAACAAAUACAGCUCAUCUUGAAGGGAAGAAUAUUUGCUUAAUCUCAUUAUCCUUAUUUUGGACAGAUAUCAUUAGAACAAAACUGAAACCUUUGCCAAAUCAAAUGGAAACCUGUUUGCAGAAAGGCAUGCAGAAAUGCGAGAGGGAUUAUUUUUAAGGGUUGUAACUUGUAACAGCUGAUAUUUCAUGAGCUGUUUACAGCCUAAGAAAGCAAUGAAAUUGGAUGAAGCCUCCAUGGGAAAGCACUUAGAUUUUUAGUCAGCACUUCAACACAGCUCUUACAAGCUCCCAAUGUAUUCGUAUGCCACUUACAUUUAAAAACGGGUUCACUCCAGACUUCUGUUAAGGGGUUUAUCAUCCAGUCAUAUGAAUCUGAGUAAAGAAAAGUGUGAGAUUGGAAAAAAAGUUUCAAAUAAACUUUCGAUUACUCAAUUUGAAACUUUUUAAAAAUCCAUUAGUGAACGUUUUCUGUAUAAUGUCACGCCAUUUACAUUUGAAACUGUAUGUGAAAUGUGAAAGCAAUGUGAUUGGUGUACUCUUUGGGUCAUCACAACACCUAAAUGAUCAGAAAGGGGUAUAAGAAAGCAAAAUGGAGUCUAGAUGUUUGAAGAUCAUUAUGCUCUUUACAUUCCAAGAGCAAAUGUCACAGAGGGGAGGAAAAUGGGGAUGUGUGAGCUGCUGUCACUGAGACUUCUGACCUUCCCAUUCACAGGCACUAAAGAAAAACACAGAACAGAACAGAACACUACCUAGGAUUUUUCAUGGUCCUUUCAACUAUCCUCCCACAGUAGAAGCUUAAUUUACACUUGGUUCGCUUCAUCAUCUGUAAAUACUUAGCUAUAAACACUUAACAAUGGGCAGGUCCCAGCGUUAAUAGCUUUCUGACAAAGAGAUGCCAGUGACCCGGUAAGAGACAGAAUGUGAAUUUCCCGGUGCAGUGCCCACAUGGCUAGGAAGCAAGGCGCAUCUUCCAGGCGUGCUGUAGUUAAAAUGGUCCACAGAACAAUAUGACAAAUAGUUAAAAUACCAUCUUUUAGAGUCACAGAAAUUAGUCACGGCAACCAGCUAUCUUGGGAUUAUAUUGCCAAUUUUUAUGUUAUUUCUGGAAACAGUCAAAAGAAAGGUGAUCUGGACAGGGUGCUCUUCUAAAACUUAGAGGUCACACUGCUUUGGGGGACUGCAAACGCUCGACACUCUGAACUCUUAAUCUGCUUUCACCAAGCACCGUGGGCUCACUCCGGAUGAGCAGUGUGUGAAGAAUGCCCGAGGGAGAACCGAGAGAGAGGAAAUGAGGUGGGUGGGGUAGGAGGAAGCCCGUGGGGGAAAGAUUCCCAUUCUUAGCCCGGGCGUUCGUCACUACCGCGUCAUAGCAGAGCGAAAGGUCCUGGGUCUGCUCCAGCAAACCACAGAGCCGCGUUCUCAGAGUGACCGGGGAACAAAUCCAGCCCAAGAGCCUUAACUUUGUCUUAAAAUAUAACCGAAUUUCCUCUUUUUUUCUUUUAGUAACCCAGGCCACAUGUUGAAAAUGAGCUAAGAAUACAGUUUUCUGCCAAAAUCCACUGUGACAAUACAAUGAACCCAAAUAUGACAAUGAGGUCAAAAAGAAAGGACGACAGUAAGCUGGCAUGUCGCGAGGACUCUAUUCAGGAGUCGCCCGCAGUUCUUGCUUAUGGGUUCCUCAUCAUCAUUUUUUACAAAUACUUUUCAACAUAAAAGACACCCCAGAUUCUAAGUUUUAAAUUAGUUAUGGGCCUCCAACACUUUCACGGUGUGAAUGUAUUUUCGAUUCCUGUUAAGUUUUAGAUUGAUUUUGUUCCUGUGUACUAAGUUCUUGCAUCUUAAUGUUCUUCUUGUUUAACCCAAACACUCUUUACCUUUAAAUGUCAUACUCAUGAGCAAUAAUCAUCUUGCCAAAUUACAAAAUGACAUAAAAAUACUAUUCAUACAGUAUUUGCAAUAAAAUUGCAUCCAGUGGAUCUGUGGAACAAAAUUUUAGCAUACAGAUAAAGGGUGAUAAGAAACAAAGAUGCUCUCUGCCUAAUUAAAAAUUAAGAUGAGAAAACAUGCCACCAUCUAACCUUAAAGCAUAUUUUCUAAUAUUCUAGAUGCUUAACAUAGCAAUGCAUAAGAAUAGUGUUAACAAGGAUGUUCUAGGUCAAAAGAUUUGUGAGUGAUUUUAACACGUUUUUCUCUCCUCAAUUACCAGUGUUAAUGUUGGUCUGUGUUCAAAUGCUUUUCAGUAUCGACAAUGUGCAACAGCCAAAGGAACACUGCUUUCAUCAAAACUUGGGUUUGUUGUGUCUAACAUACAAGUGUAAUAUAGCCAUGUAAAGUGAUUGUGUUUUGUUUCGCUAUGGUCACUUAAAGCGGCAGCUGGUAUAGUUGCUGAUUCCUUGUUGUGUGAACAAACCAAUAAACAUUCAAAUCAUU